GUGCGGAAGGAGGCGGAGGUGCAGGAGUGGAUCAGCAGGUGCCGCUUUCCGCUCCGUCUCACCUUCUCGGCCCCAAGGAAGUCAAAGGAUCAGGAGAAGCAGGAGAUGGAGGGACGCUCUGCCGAGGGCGUGAAUUUUGAUGACGACCGGAAGAUGAUCGUCGUCAUGCUGGGUGUCCUCACGUCCUUUACGAAAGUCUCGGGCUUCGACUUCAAGUGGCCUGCCAUGUUCACCGAGCUGGUGAAGAUCGCACAGAUGUUCUCUUUCAAUCUCAACUUCUUUGCUCCCGAGUGCUCCGCCGAGACGCCUUACAUAAACAAGUGGCUGGGGUUCCUCGUGAUCCCCUACUUCAUGAUCAUGCCCCUCACGGCCGCCUACAUCAUGGCACUGAUGGCCACUUUGCCGGGUCUCGGUCCAGAGGCCUUCCAGACCAAGAAGGCCUUGCUCACCAACGCCUGGGCGCGGUGCAUCUGCAUGGUGCUCCUCGCUCUGCUUCCUUUCCACUUGGAUACUAUUCUCAUCCCUUUCGCUUGCAUCAACGCUGGUGACGGGAUCUACGUGCUCUCAGAUGUGCCCAGCGUCUUCUGCAGUACAAACGACUCGACGUUCAUGACAAUGUUCAGCGUGGGAAGCCUUGCCAUGUUGGUGUUCAGUAGUGGCUUCAGUUGGCUGGUCUACUGCAUUUGGUGCAGUUACCAGUGGCAGCAGGGAUCCCGCCACCGAGGGAUGAUACCUUUCUAUGUCGCCAUGGUGGAGGUUUCAACCUUUGGCCAACGAGGCUACUCAGCCGAGGUCAGAGCACGCGUCAUGGAGAAUGUUUGUGCCGUCCGCUCCUUCGACGUCUCUGCAGACAAGCUCGAGGAGCGUGAGGCCCUGACCAGGGCAAGGGACAUGCUGGGCGGACGCACAGAUGGCCGGGCGCAAGACGAGAAGCAGAAGGAGAGCGAAUUGGGCCAAGACGGCCUGCAACAGCGCUUGGCCAUCACAAAGGCCAAGAAAAAGUUCUUGCAAAAGAAGACCUGGCCGACAAAGGCAGAUGGUAACCUGCUCACGUAUGGAUGGAUCUUCUUGGUGAACACGAUGCUCAGGAAUCUUCUCUCGAAUGCUGCCAUCAAGCUCACGAGCAAUAACCUGGUCGUGAUUGGAGCUGGGUGUCAGAUGCUCAUCUUUGCAUUGAAUGUCACCAUGUUGGUCUGCCUCCGCCCCUACAAGUCUCAAAUGGUCGUGCAGACGGAGACGAUCCUGAUGACAGUUCUCUUCAUGGUCUUGUGGUGUGCGGUGAUGAAGGAGCUUUUGGAGCAACACCAG